AGAGAGGAAAGAAAAGGAAAUAGAAGGAAAUGAGAAAGAAAAGGGAAGAGAGAAAAGAAGAGAAGUAGAAGGGAAAGAAAGUGAGGGAGAAGGGAAGUAGAAAAAAAAAAAAGGAAGAAAAAGAAAAAGGAGACGGGAGGCAGAAAGAGAGGAAGAAAGGAAAAGAAAGAGAGGAAGAAGAUGAAAUGAAGAAACGGAAGAGAAGUAGUGAUAUAUAUAAGACUUAUACGGACCGAUUUCGGUCCGUAUAAUCCUCAUUGGCGCGCCACACCAAAAAAUUUCAAUUUUUUCGGAAAAAUUGAAAUUUUUUUGGGAAAAUUUUUGGCGCAUUAAUCAUAUUCAGACCGAAAUCGGUCUGAAUAUAAAUAAAUUAGCGCAAAAUCAAUAAGAUUCAAAUUAACGGUAAAAAUUUGGCGCAUAAAUUAAUUACGGACCGAUUUCGGUCCGAAUAUAUUCGUAAAAUAUCUUCCAGUGCACAUUUUUAUUCUUUUCAUUUAAGGACAUUACCAUCUUCUCGUGUUCUAAAUCCAUUCCUGUGAAAACCAAUUGCAUGAACAUCGACCCUACAGUCCCUUGGAAUCACAAAACCAUCGAUUGUCUAGCUGAAAUUAUCUUACGAUACUACGAAGUAAUAUCAUUGCAAAACCACGAAUGUAUAAGUUAAAGGUUAUUAGAGAUAAUGUUACGUAAUGCUCUUUCGGAGUAAUAAGCAAAUAAAAUUCAUUUUUUUUCUUAAGGUUAACCACUUUGGCUUGCAAACAUUCGGAAUGUUACGGUUUAAAACAAGAGUAGAACGACUUAAGCAUGAAAUAACAAAAAAAUAAAAUAAAAGCUGCUGUUCAUU